UAUAUGCAAAUUUUCGCCGGGGAGGGUGAAGGAUUAACUAAAUUUGUUUUGGAAGGUUGGGCGAGAAUAGUGUGUUGUGACAAUAGUUUUUGAAUUGUGCUUUAUAAACUGUAUUUUCUUUAAUGUGGUUUUACCCACUGAGGACCUUGCAGUUCUGCACGUUAUGACAUACUUAGCUACAGUUGUAGGUGUAGUGGUUUACUACAGCAUCCAGUGUUGAAUGUAUUGCGUUAAGCCGCGAAGAGAAGUUUUUCGAACGUUCCUUCACGUCUUCUAGUGUACGGUGGACAGACUGAAUCAUCAUGUCAAGUCAUUGUGUUAAUAAGUUGUGACACUUUGGACGUCAAAGUAUAUUGCUGGCUUCAUGAAAGCCUGUAUAGGUGUUAUCAGAAUAUCAUGAGGACCAUUCAUCCUGAAGAAGGAAACGAAACAUUACUUUACCCAUUACAUACUUCAAGAAGGAGAACUGUCUAGCAAACAUUCCUAUUGCUGAAGCUAACAUGAUGUUCCGCUCUGGGAUGCGUCGGAAUGUUAGAAUGCUUCUUGUCGGUGAAAGAGGUGUUGGAAAAACAUCGCUUAUCCUCUCACUCGUCAGUGAAGAAUUUCCUGAAGACGUACCUAGCAAGGCGGAAGAAAUUAUAAUCCCACCAGAUGUUACACCUGAACAAGUACCUACACACAUUGUAGAUUAUUCAGCUGCUGAACAGUCAGAAGAAAUGUUAACUGAUGAAAUUCAACGUGCCCAUGUCAUAUGUAUUGUGUAUUCCGUGGAGGAUGAAAUAUCAUUUGAGAAAAUAACUACAUAUUGGCUACCACUCAUAAGAGAAUGUAAUCCAGAUCGUCGCUGCCCUGUGGUUCUUGUUGGCAACAAAGUCGAUUUGGUAGACUAUUCCACGAUUGAAAGUAGUAUCGGUGUUAUGGAUGAAUUCCCAGAAAUUGAAAGCUGUGUUGAGUGCUCGGCGAAGACCCUGAAGAAUAUCUCGGAGAUGUUUUACUAUGCGCAGAAGGCCGUCCUGCAUCCAACUGCUCCACUUUACACCGUGGAGCGGCAAGAUCUCACAGAAGAAUGUAAGGCAGCACUAACAAGAAUUUUUAAGAUCUGUGACGUGGACAAUGACGAGUUACUAAAUGAUGAGGAGCUGAAUUUUUUCCAAAAACGGUGUUUCAAUGCCCCAUUGCAGCCACAGGCAUUAGAAGAUGUAAAAUCUGUCUUAAGACGCAAUUUAUCAAAUGGAGUUUCAGGAAAUGCAAUCACAAAAAAUGGUUUUCUGUUUCUUCAUUGCCUCUUUAUUCAGAGGGGAAGAAAUGAAACAACUUGGACUGUGCUACGCAAAUUUGGAUAUAAUGAUAAUCUUCAAAUAGCGCAAGAAUUCUUGCAUCCACCUCUUCGAGUGCACAGUGGCUGUACUACGGAACUGAGUCACAAGGGUCAACAGUUUCUUUCUACAUUAUUCAAUCAUCAUGACAAGGACAAAGAUGGAGCCCUUUCACCCAAAGAAUCUGAAAGUCUCUUCUCAGCGUGUCCUGUUCCCCUUUGGGGCAAUGACGUAUGCAACACUGUUGUAACAAAUUCUCAGGGUUGGAUUACCUUACAAGGUUACAUGUGUCAGUGGACAUUGAUCACAUUGCUUGAUGUGCAAAAAACAUUUGAGUACUUGGCUUAUCUUGGAUACAACAUUAUUGAAAAUGAAAGCCAGCUGUCUGCUGUAAUAGUUACAAGAGAGAAACGUCUAGAUCUACUGAAGAAGCAAUCUGGACGCAAUGUGUACCAGUGUCAUGUAAUCGGUCCCAAAGGAUCAGGGAAAUCGAUGUUUUGCCGAAGCUUUAUAGGACAAACAGUUGAAAUAGUUACUGAGACAGGGUUGCUUGAUAAUCCACAAUGCACAAUAAACACUGUGCAGGUAUAUGGGCAAGAGAAGUACUUAAUGCUGCGUGAUAUUGAUGUGCGGAAUGUUUCUGAACCAUUAACACCAUCAGAAGUACAAUGUGAUGUAGCCUGCCUAGUUUAUGAUGUCAGUGAUCCAAAGUCCUUUGAAUACAUUGCCCGAUUAUUUUUGAAAUAUUUCAUCGAUACAAAGAUCCCAGUUCUGAUAGUUGCUAACAAAAGUGAUUUGGAGGAGGUACAUCAAGAUUAUUUACUACAGCCUUCCAGCUUCUGCAGUCGAUAUAAAUUACCGCCUCCACAUCCAUUCACAGCAUCAAAGAAAAUUAAACGAGACAUCUAUGUUAAACUGGCAACAAUGGCUGCAUUUCCCAACCUACGUCGCUUGGUUCAUGUUCUUUUAUUGCGAUCACAACCCAGUGAAUGGUUCAAUCAAUACUUCAGGCAUUUGAAACAUUUGAAUAUAUUCAACGGUGAUUCAGCCGUUUGGUGGAAGGCGGGACUUGGGAUUGCUGCAGCUACUGCUGUGGGACUGCUUGUCGUUAAAGUUCUCAAAGCUGAACGAAGAUAGUCUUCCAGUUGCAGAUACAAUAAUGGAGAAAAUUCUCUUUGUGCAAUAAAUUUUCUAUAAUCAUUAUUUAACAGUAAUUUAUACUGUGCAUAUAUUUUUGUACAUUCAUAUUAUAAAUAUGCUGGGCCAAAUAUGCAAAGGGGAAGAAAAAACUACCUUUCAAGAGUACAAAGCUCAUAAUUAUUGCACCUGUAAAUUUGGUGUAAAGAUUAUCUGGCUGUUGCAAUUGAUUAUUAGUUUUUGUACAUAUUUAAUAC